AGAUUUCUUGCCAAAGCAGUUCGAAAAGACUAAAUGAUACAAGACUCAGUGCCUGCAUGGCAUCAAGAUCUCCUCUGCAUAGCAGAUAAUCAGAAGUAAGCUUGUUCCUUGGAGAAGGGAACGAAGUUAAUUUGCAGUUGCCACAUUUACCGCAGCGAUAGAAGCCUUGAAUAUGUGCCCAGGAUUGGAUAUUUAAGGUUACGAUUUGUAGAAAAUGGAGAAUAUUUCAGUUUACCAUGGAAAACUUAGCCGUGAAGAUGGAGAGAAACUUUUAUGCGAAGCUGGAAAAGAUGGAAGUUAUUUACUACGUGAUAGUGAGACGAAACCUGGCAUGUAUUGUCUUUGUGUCUUGCAUAAAGACGUAAUUUACACGUACAGAGUAUCCAAAACAACUACUGGCUCCUGGUGUGCAGAGGCAGCACCCGGGGUCCCAAAAAGGAUGUUUAGAAAGAUCCAGAAUCUGAUCUCUGCUUACACAAAACCAGAUCAGGGAAUUGUAACCCACCUGCAGUACCCAGUUGAGAGGAAUAUGUCCAAGAAUGCAAAAGGUUAACAAGGGACAUCGACAGCUUUGUCUUCUUUAUGGGAACAUUUGUCUGAGAAAAUAUUAUUAUGUAGAUUUUGAAGAUGCACAUGCAGUUACAUGAUCAAGCUCCUGGUGUUUAUCUCCUGCUGGUGUAAUAUCCUGUACACUGAACAUGGGGUUAUCUAUCCUCUUUGUAGCACAGGAUGCCAAGCAUCACAUGCUUCUUGUCUUCACUGCUCCUUGGUUCUGCCUUUCUCUAUCUCUGGAGAAAUUGUGUUUAACAUGCUGAGCAGCAGCUCUAGUGAGGAAUAGAAUAGCAGAUAAUUGUUUGUUAGCAGAACUGUGCUGUGUGUUAGUACAGUGAGCAAGAACUGCCCUACCUUACACCUUCCAAUAGAGGGACAUGCGUGAGAUGUAAAUAACUGCAAUGUCUGUGAAAACGAGAAGAAUCAUGGAAACCACAGUCCUCAAUACUGGAAUACCAUCUACAGCAAGCCCUUUUGGCAUCAAAGCAAAGUUGCUAUACAGAAAUGGGCAAGAAUGGUGAGCAUUCACACACAUAUUGGGUCAUUUAUCAAACUGGUGUAAAGUAGAACUGGUUUAGAUGCUCAUAGCAACCAAUCAGAUUCCACCUUUCAUUUUCCAAAGGAGCUGUCAAAAAUGAAAGGUGGAAUCAGAUUGGUUGCUAUGGACAACUAAGCUAGUUCUACGUUACACCAGUCUGAUAAAUGACCCCAAUACUGUCUUGGUAGAUUUUAUUAGAUUGGAAAACCACUUUAGCAUGCUGAUACUUCAUAGAACUACUGUAAGCAAAUUAUGUCCUCUAUACUCAUUAAUAAAAGUGAUCCUCAGGAAAGGUCAUCAAUAUGAGAUCAGCAGGGGUCCAACUCCCAGGACUGUCAUGAUCAGCUGCGAGAAAAGACCAUGGCGCUUAGUGAGCAAUUAGGCCUCUUCCUAGACCAUUUUAUAUUACAUUCAUUGGUCAAGUGAAUGGACUGAGUGAUACCAAGCACAGCAGCUAUCAAAUGGACUGCACUGUGCUUGGUAUGAGCUCUUACUGCAACACCACGGUCUCCUCACACAGCUGAUUGGUGGGGGUCGCAGGAAUUGAUGGAUGAAGAUAGAUAAUCAAUAGGAUAAUUAGUGAUGAACGAAGCGAGCUUCAAAUGCUACA